AUGAGCAACCAUCGACUAGGGCAAGGUCCCUAUAACUCUGGAAGGCCGAGACAAAGCCAUCCGUCGCUGUCUGUCAAUACCUCGACUCCGCAUCACGGACGCUCACCACCCCACCAUCAUCAUCAGACUCCGCUAUCUGCCUCGUCCGAUGUCCCAACACCUCACUAUCCCUUGCCUAUUCCCCCCGAGAAGCAGGAGAGAGCUUUGAAGUUAUACACCGACUACCAGUCGGCCGAACUGGAGGAAGGGUUAGUUCAACGGGGAAAUGAUCCUGUAUCUGCGAUAGAUGGCUACCUCUCGGUCCCAGGACAUUCCGUGACUAUGUCGACUUCAUCUGUGGGCUCACCAAGACAUCGCAAUACGCCUUCGGUAUCUACAUACGAUCCUACAGAGAUGUCUUCCGUCAUGUCAUUCGAACCGGACGAGAGCCCCUCCUCUGCCACCCUCGAACAGAAAGAGUUGAAAACUUAUCACGGACAGACAGUGAAGCAAAGAUCGAGAAAAAGGCUGGCACCAAAAGCAAAAGCAAAAGCAGCUUUGAUUCGUUACCUUGGUUCCUGUCCAGCAUGUAGGAAGCGUGCAGUAUCUUGUCCACUAGAACACUACGACAUGAAGAUACUCGACCGCCUUCAUCAACACAAAUUGAGCAACACCAAAAACGAGGUCCGUCCUCAGCCUGACAAGUUCCCAAGUUCCUCUAGCACAACGUCGCGGAAACAUCAACGCCCUUUGCCAGAUGCCCAGAAAUUGAAUAGAAAGCAUAGACGAUCUGUCUCUCGUGAGCAGGUUGCACCACCACCAUCUCAGAGCGACGCCCUGUUCUUGGGAUUGGGCCAAGGUCAGAGUGAAGGAUACGACCAACGACUUCGGCCAAAUCCACAAGCUUAUAUAUCGGAGCUCAAUAUGGACCUGGGCGAAGGAGUGGAUGAAAAUUUACUAAGCCCGGCGCCGCUAUACCAAGCCGCUCAAACUCUUCCAACUAUUACCCAGGAUGCGUAUUCCCAGCAGGACAAUGCAACUAUGGUCCUCAUUGGUGAUAUCAGAAGUAGAUCUUACCAUUGCCGACACGAUGGUUGUGAUCUCUUGUUUCAGAAAAUUGAGGAGCUACAACUUCAUUUCGAGGGUAAUCACUUGCCGGUUUCACGGCUUGAGCAACCUCUUCGAGUUCGAUGUACAUCAUGCGAGUAUGUGGGGAAUCACAUGGCUGACAGUCAAUGUCGUCAAUGUGGAGAUUCCUCUCAAUUUGAGCUUUGUGUUUACGGCCAGUUGAUAUACUCAGCUUCUCACGGGCGCUAUUCCUCGGAUGAACAAGAUUUUUUCCAAUACACGCCUACAACUACCUCGCAAUAUGCCCCCAGUUACGAGUCCCCAAGCAUCAAUUUAUACAAUGGUCCAAGCAUGACCACCGAUAGUUUCCAGCAAGAUCAAUAUGAUGGCAGCUUCGACUAUGAAUUCAAUCAGCAGUUCAUUGGCUCCGAGCACCAGACCCUACACACCCCAGCAUUGAGCUAUGUCGACGAUCGGGACGGCUCAUUUAGGGAAGAAACUUUUAGCCAAGAAAGGGAUCCCUCGGCUAUUCCGUCAGCUGGUUGGCCCUCCGUUCAUAAUGCAAAUGGAUAUGGCGCAUCAGGUGGGGUGUACGACAACUUGAAUUCUUGA